AUGCCCCCAGAAAAGAGAGCUUUAGACCAUGAUUACGCAAGAUCCUCUGCCCAUAAACGCUCGAGACGUGAGGACACCCCGCGUGACUGGCGCGCUGCUCAUCUAGACGGCGGGAGGAACAGUUCCAGACGUGAUGAGGACCGCUACAAGGACCGUUCAAGAGAAAGAUACCGCGACCAUAGUCGCAACUCGCCCCAAGCAGCCUUACGAACUUCAUCAUCCACUCCUCACCGGGAGCGAUCACCUCUUGCGGGCAGCAAUAGCAGCAAAAAGGAUGAAAACGCGCGGAAAUCUUUCUCUCCCACCUCCAAGGCACCAAAACAAAUGUCCCCAGACGAUGAGAAGGAAGAGGGAGAAAUAUCACCUCAUGCUUUGGUAGAUACCGUCAUGCAAGACUCCACAACAGCACCUCCAGACGAGCAAGAGUUCGACUUUGGGCCAAAGGAGCAGCCCAAAUUUGAAGACGACGCGGAAGCACGUCGCGCACGGAGAGCUGCAAUCCUGGCAAAGUACCAAGCCAAAGCAACAAAUUCUCAAGGCCCUGCAGUCGCAUUUACCUUGUCUGCCAAUCCCCUUGAGCGCAUUGCGAGUAUCGCCUCUGCUGCAGGGUCUACACCUGGGCAAUCGACUCCUUCGGCAAUGGACACUGGCGCUGCACCCUCUCCCUCUUUGAACAUACAAGAGGAUGGCAACUUUUUACUCAGCAAAGGCAAAGUUGGCGCAACGGAUGACCAUGGGAUCAAACUAGACGACAAGGAGUUGCAAAAUGGUGGCGCCGAAGGCGUCGUCGCAGCGGAUUAUGACCCAUCUCAGGAUAUGCGCGAUGAUGUUCGAAAGGCUGCCAAGUUGGCACAUGACGUCGAAGAGUUGGAGGCGGAAGGCAGUGAAUACGAAGAGGAGGAUGCAGAUGAGAUUGAGGACAUGUUUGCGCUUGGAGACGAAGAGGAGAAGAAGCCUAAGAAGAAGAAGCGCGUGGUCAAGAAAGUUACGACGAUUGCACCAGAGACGAUGGACACUGCCGCUGACGAAGAGGGUUACUAUCAAAUCAUCCUCGGAGAGUCGUUGGACGGUGGUCGAUACCAAGUCUUUGCGCUCGUCGGCAAAGGAAUGUUCUCCAAUGUCGUCAAAGCGCGGGUCUUUGAUCCGGACGGCGACAAGGAACGACCUGUUGGAGAGGUGGCGAUCAAGAUUGUGCGAUCGCAAGAGAGCAUGUACAAGGCUGGUGCGAAGGAGGCGCAAAUCUUGCAAAAGCUCCGCCAGGGAGAUCCAGAAGACAAGAAGCACCUCAUUCGGCUCGAGCGGACGUUUGAACAUCGGGGUCACUUGUGUCUCGUAUUCGAGUCCUUGAGUAUGAACCUUCGCGAUACGAUCAAGAAGUAUGGUCGAGACGUAGGGCUUCACAUCAAGGCGGUCCGCGUCUACGCUCAUCAGCUCUUCCUCGCUCUCUCCCACCUUCGGAAAUCCAACAUUCUUCACGCAGACAUCAAGCCUGACAAUAUCCUCAUCAACGAAUCGCGCUCAAAUCUCAAACUCUGCGACCUUGGGUCGGCCACGGACAUUUCGUAUGAGACGGCUGAAAUCGCGCCAUAUCUUGUCUCGCGGUUCUACCGUGCGCCAGAGAUUAUUCUCGGGCUACCGUAUGACUGCGCCGUGGACGUGUGGAGCAUGGGGUGUACGCUCUAUGAGCUGUUUACAGGGAGGAUUCUCUUUCCUGGACGUUCGAAUCGCGAGAUGCUCAAGUUGAUGAUGGAGCUCAAGGGACGAUUUAACCAAAAGCUAGUCAAAAAGGCGCGCUUUGGGGAUGUCUACUUUGACGAGGGGGCGGGUUUUACGAAGUGCUCGAAGGAGGGGGUGGAUAAGAACAAGAAGAUUCAUAUUACGAAGCCAGUCCGCGAUCUGAGGACGCGGCUACAGCCCACGGCACCGAAUCCAGACGACGCUGCGGCUGUUGCAGAGGAAAAGGAGGUGUUGGCACUUAUUGACUUGCUGGACAAGUGUCUUCAUCUGGAUCCAGCGAGGAGGAUUACCCCUAGAGAUGCGCUCGUUCAUCCGUUUAUUCGAGGAGCUUGA